UUUCAAAGUCAGACGAGUGUUGGUCGAGUCUACUGUCAACUACUGUGUUUGCGAGUGAGUGUUUUAAACAAGAAAUAUGCCAUGCCCAGGAUUUAGAUUACAGGGUACACCAAAUUUGGUCAACUUUUAUCAUGGUAACUAAACCUACCAUCGACUUAUCUGGGUUUAAGGAUUACCAAACAAAAAUUGUCGCGACUUGAGUCCGACAAGUCGCGGGUCGGCAAGUCGUCAAAGGUAAAUAUUAUUUAUUUCUGUUUUCGUGAUAAUAAAGUAUGUAUAACAUAAUAAUAUGCUGUUUUACGUUUCAGUGUUCAAAGAGGUAGAGGGCGAGGACGUGGACAGGGAAGAGGUGGGCGUGUACACAGAGAAAGCGAAGUUGACAAUGUAGAGUAAGUAGUAUUGCACACAAAUUCAAUUUAUAACUAGCGUUCUUUUAUCUUCAGUUCUAAACAGUGACUGCUUUUUUUCAGAGUUGCAAUAGCUGAAGUGAGGGCACAAAGACAAAUUACGAAAAAACGUUUGACUAAACUGCCAAUAAAUAUCCAACAGGAGUUUAUAGACAGAAAGCGGCAGGCGCAAUUAGAUCGUAUAUUAUUGCCUGAUGCGCCUCCACGAAAGCGCCGCACGCAGUAAGUAAUCUUCGUUAUUGUUAUUUAUGUUAUUGUCAUGUCUAUAUAAUAAUAAUAAUAAAAACACUUCUAUAUGUUUUUAUGUUUUUUUUAUGUUUUUUUUUCUAUAUGUUUGUUGUGUUGUCUAUAUGUUUGCUUUUGUUUUAGACGUCCAUCGCCAGAACGUGGUGCAAUAGAAUUUAUUUCAAAUUCUAAUGCACCUGCUGGCCAGGAAGUCUCUGUGCCUGUGGCUUCGACUUCCAAUGCACCUGUUGGCCAGGUAGUCUCCGUGCCUGUGGCCACGGACGACUUCAUUAUUAUUGCCCCCGAAGCCACCGACGUCGCUGGCGGAGAAGUGGUCGGGAACACCGACGAAUUUUAUAUCGUACCGGCACCCGAACCUGCCGCAUCUAUUGUCACUGCGCCUGCUCCCGUCGUAGCACCCGCUGGUGACGACGACUCAGAUAUCACUGAGGUCCGCCCGUCUAUAUUUUCGGCGCCAACUGCCAGUACGUCGAAAAGGAGUGUAAUAGCUAUGAACGACGAUCACUUUGCCGAGACUGUGACUAGCUGGAUGACAGACUUUUUUGAUAGUGAGGACGAAGACUUACUCGAUAUCGACAGUAAUGACGUUGACUUGGGUAUCUCACUCUCGACACAAAGUAAUACUCGUACAGCCACUGACUGCGCAGCAGACGAUGAUGGACUAACUACUGAACAAAUUUCUUUACUUCAUGCGCAAGAGGAAGCUGAUGACAUAUGUGUGAGAGACUUGGCACCUACUAACGAUUUUUUUGAAUUUAAUUGGACGUGUGACAGACAGACUUUUACUGGUAAGCGAGAAGUCUUUACUGGUUCGCCAGGACCGACAUUCACGGUUACUAACGACAUGACUCCGACUGAUAUUUUUUAUAAAAUGUUUGACACUGAUUUUGUUGACAUGCUGAUACGACAAACAAACCUUUACGGUGAACAAAAACUGACAAAACUAAAACAAAACCGAGAAACGAAAAAACAUACACGGACUUUGCGUUGGACACCGACUGACCGGGACGAAGUGAUAGCGUUUUUAGCACUGAUUAUACUUCAGGGAUUAUACCCCAAAGUGACGGAGGAGUCCUACUUCUCUUAUGACGGGUUUGGGACUACUCCUUUCUUUGGGCGAAUAAUGUCCUACAACAGAUACUUCCUGUUAAAAACGAUGUUACACUUUGUAGACAAUGACUCGACUGAGGACACGACAAAACUUAAUAAGAUAAGACCUGUCAUCGACUAUUUUAAUGCCAAAUUUUCAUCAAUGUAUUACCCUGGACAGAACGUGGCUAUUGACGAGAGCCUACUAAAAUGGCAUGGCCGACUUAGUAUUUCUCAAAAAAUAGCAACCAAAGCCGCUCAAGUAGGUGUAAAAACCUAUGAAAUGUGCGAGUCGUCAUCAGGCUACCUAUGGCAGUUCAGGGUGUAUACUGGAAAAGAUGGCCCCAACAGAAAAAGAAAAAUGCGACAAUCUGACGACCACAACACCCAGCAACAGACUGAGGAUCAGGACACACAGCAAGAGCGACUUGACAACAGUGACAGCCAGACACACCGACCUGAAGACCGCGUCAUCCAGCAGGACCAAGCUAAUGACCCUGACACCCAACAAGACCGACAUGACGACCAAUCGAGCAGUACGUUUCGUCCGCGAAAUGCUACUUCUCAGAUUGUUUAUGACUUAAUGACACCACUACUUCACCGGGGACACACGCUAAUAAUGGAUAAUUUUUAUAAUGCUCCAUUAUUAGCGCGUUGCCUUAAACAGGAAAAGACUGACGUAUUUGGGACUCUGAGAUUAUCGCGAGAAUUUGUUCCCGAAAGUUUAAAGACUAUAAAAAAGACUGACAUGCGACAAGGUGAAAUAGUGGCAUCUUACUGUUCCGAUCUGUCGGUGAUGUUGUGGCGUGACUCUAACCUCGUUAGUAUGAUCUCCACUUACCAUCCCCUUCUAAUCGGAUCAGUGACUACGUAUAACCGUACGCAAGUACAUAAGCCGGCUGUCGUCCUUGACUACAACAAAUCAAUGGGAGGUGUCGACCGCAAAGAUCAGUAUCUUGCCAGUCAAGCUCUUGAGAGACAGAAAACUAAAGUGUGGUACAAGAAGCUGUUUAGGCGCCUUUACAAUGCAGCAAUCUUUAACUGCUUUGUGAUUUACGAUAGUAAUCCCACACACAAACUUGAUCACCGUCAGUUUAGGAGGACGCUGGCUGAAGACUUGCUACGGUUGCACAAAAACAUUGACUUGACGACAGAACCCAAACUAAUUCGACAUAGAGAGACGACUCAAUUGGUGGCACGCCAAACAACGCGACCGUACGUGGCCUCGAACCAUUUUCCGAUGAAAACGGGAUCCACUGCCACACGUUGUUUUAUGUGCACUAAGAACAAACGACCGUCUAGGACUGCAUAUAAGUGCGAGGAGUGUGACGUAAAUCUGUGCAUCGUGUAUUGCUUUAAAGCCUAUCAUAAGCCUCCUCGCACUUCCACCACCAACCAGGACAAUACUGACGAUUGAGAUUUUUGGCGACUUUUGAUUAAUACUGACAGUUAAGACUUUUGACGCUGACUUUUGUUAUUACUACUUCUCCGGGCAGUUGGACGACCUGAAGGCUCAAAAAUACACUCAUCGGUGUAUACGUACGCGUCCAACAUACUCCGAAGCGAUGGACCGGCUUAUCUAAAUUAGGUCACCGUAAAACUAAUAGAGUUAUUUUCAACUAACUAUAAUCUGUAUAGAUUGGUCUUGGUAAUUAGUUCGUUAUAAAUUAUGCAAAAUAAAGUUUUUAUGUAUGGGGUACUGGCUGGUUAUAACUUAGUUACAAAUUACAACUUUUCAAGAGAAACUAAAUACAGACUUUCCAAAUUAAAAUUUUGUAUGGAAAACGAUGGGCCUUAGUAAAAUUACUAUGUUAUUGCAUUUUAUGUAUUAUGUAUCUUAUCACCGUUACACCGUUUUCUUAGGAAUUACUGUAGAUUCAAAACUUCAACUGUGAAACUGUGAAAGACAUACUUACAAUACAAGGAAUAAAAAUAAAAUUGUUGUUAAAAAUUCUAGAUUAAGUAAAUUAAAUUCAUCUUUUUUGGGGUUAUGUAUACGUUUUUACAAUAAAAUACCAGAUAAUAUUUUAAAUUUAUCAGAGAAUAAAUUUAAAGCUCACGUGAAGCUUACUUUAUGUAAAAAAGCUUAUUAUAAAAUUAAUGAUUACCUAAAUGAUAAAAAUGUCUGGUAUUGAAUGUGUUCCUCUAGUUAUUAAAUAACUUAUAAUGUAUCCUCAUUGAUUUAAAAGAUGUGUUGCUGUUGCAGUUUCUUGUCAUUUCUUCUCCUCAGCCAUAACACCUUGCGAAAUGACGUAAAUUCAAAAAUGUUAUGUUACAUUGACCUUCAACAAGUUUAUCCAUGAUAAUUACGUUGAAUAAAUGAUUCUGAUUCUGA